AUGGCAAAGAGUUUAGCUAUAGCAUCCCUCCAAAUUCUCGGCGUGCUUUUACUAGCAAGCUUGGCACAGUCAAAGCAUUCGAUCUUACAUUUGACGCUGUACGACCAUGAAUUUAAAGGUCCAACUGCUGAGCACAAUCAGACUAUUUAUCCUGUUGCAGGUCUCCCCAACGUAAAAUGGGGCUUUUUACAAUUUGGAACUCUUUUCAUCGGCACAAAUAUCUUGAAAGAAACCAUCUCAUUCCACUCCCCGACAGUUGGUCAUUUGCAUGGCGUUGUUGGAGUAGCAUCCCUUGAUGGCUUCGCCAUAGAGGCCUUGGCAAGUGUGCACUUCCUUGAACACGGAAAGUACAAUGGUAGCACUGUGGAAAUUAAAGGAGUUAUCAAUCAGGAUCAGCAAGUCAGUGAAGUUGCAAUUGUAGGAGGAACCAAACAAUUUCGGUAUGCAACAGGGUAUAUGACCUUUACGGGUACCCCGGUUGUAAAUGCAACUGGGCAUAAUGUUUAUAAGUUGGACCUCCACAUUAGACUUGACAAAAAAGGUGACAGCCCUGGUAUUGCUCUUCAAUAA